AUGAAGCUUUGUCUGACCUGCUCCGUCUACUACUGUGAGAAACACGUUAGGAAGCACUUUAUAAUAGAAGCACUGCGGAGACACGUCAUGGUGGAUGUCACUGAAGAACUGGUACUACAGAGAAACACCUCAGAGAAGAAGAGGAGAGAGGAGCAGGAAGAGGGAAGGAGACAAAGACAGGAGGAGGGGCUGAGACGGCAGACGAGGAAGGAGGACAUUAGGGAAGAGGAGAGGGGGCACCAGGAGGCUGCGGAACAACAGCGCAUAGGAAGGGAAAGAGAGAGGGAGAGCGAGAGGGAGCAGCAGCAGCAAUCGAUGGGGGACUCCUAUGGCUCUACCGGCAAGGUCCAGCCUGAGAUAUCCAUGGCAGACAGGGCAAAGUCCAAAUCCACUGCUGACCUGGACCAUGUGGAGAAACCAGAGAUCAAAGUGACUAGCAGUGACAGGCUGGGUGAGGCAUCGUGGAUAAAAGGCCAGCAGAGCCUGCCCCAGGCGGCGCUGGAGAGGCAGCAGAUCCCUCUGGAGAGUAAGAAAACCAGACUGCGUCCCGACAACAGCUGGAUCUGCCAGCGCUCCACCAGCAAGCACCCUGCCGCCGGACCCAUCAGGAGAGGCAAGUCUCUCGACAACCUGGACAUUGCGCGAUGCUCUUCCUGGCGUUCGUCGUGGACACCGGAAAGCCCCUCCUCCAUCCCCAGCUACAGCUGGCCUCACUCUGGCCUCUCUGGGCUCAACACCUACAGCUGGCCUCACUCUGGCCUCUCUGGUCUCAACACCUACAGCGGCGGGGUCAGAGGUCAUUCCGGCUCAGCCACUAUGCCCUCCUCUCUCUCCAUGAGCUCCCUCAGAGGAGCCGGGGGUGGAAGCAACCUGUCUUCCUGGUCCCAGUCCUCUCCCUCUCCCUCCCCCUCCUCCCCCAACCCUUCUACUGGCCCCAAGUCUGAGUCACUUAUAUCCUUGCAUGAAAGCAGCAGGACAGUGAGUGGCAAGAAAAUCUGCACGUUCUGUGACACGGCUCUGGUCAAGGGAGCCGCAAUGGUCAUCGAGUCCCUGGGGCUUGUUUAUCAUUUGACCUGUUUCAAGUGCAUCGAUUGUAAGUCCGAGCUGCUGGGCGCAUCGGAGGCCGGAGCUGAGGUCAGAAUACGGAACCGACGGCUCUUCUGUGACUCCUGCUACGGGAUUCAAAAGUGGACAGUCAACCUCCAUGAGACAUAAGUCAAAAGAUGUUCAUAAGUAAAGCAAGAUACACCACCAGUGUUGUUUCCAACGGGAGCUAAUUAAACAUAGUGGGCAGAACAUGCAAGUUUCAAGUUUCAAGUUUUAUUGUCCCAUGCGCAGGAUAAAGCAGGUCUAAAACAGUAUAGUGAAACGUUAACUUGUGAGCUCUUUCCCAACAACGCACAAUAAAGCCAAUAAUACAGAUAACAAAUAAAACGUGAAACGUGAGAUAAGAAAAAGACAAGAAACAUGAGAAUGCAGUUAAAUACAGGUCUGAUAUAUACAGGUCUAAUAUAUACAGGUCUGAUAUAUACAGGUCUGAUAUAUACAGGUCUGAUAUAUACAGGUCUAAUAUAUACAGGUCUAAUAUAUACAGGUCUGAUAUAUACAGGUCUGAUAUAUACAGGUCUGAUAUAUACAGGUCUAAUAUAUACAGGUCUAAUAUAUACAGGUCUGAUAUAUACAGGUCUAAUAUAUACAGGUCUGAUAUCUACUGACCACCGGUCCUCGCAACCCAUCAUUACGCACACCUGGCAACCAUCAUUACGCACACCUGGCAACCAUCAUUACGCACACCUGGCAACCAUCAUUACGCACUCCUGGCAACCCAUCAUUACGCACACCUGGCAACCAUCAUUACGCACACCUGGCAACCAUCAUUACGCACACCUGGCAACCAUCAUUACGCACUCCUGGCAACCCAUCAUUACGCACACCUGGCAACCAUCAUUACGCACACCUGGCAACCAUCAUUACGCACACCUGGCAACCCAUCAUUACGCACACCUGGCAACCCAUCAUUACGCAUACCUGGCAACCCAUCAUUACGCACACCUGGCAACCAUCAUUACGCACACCUGGCAACCCAUCAUUACGCACACCUGGCAACCAUCAUUACGCACUCCUGGCAACCAUCAUUACGCACACCUGGCAACCAUCAUUACGCACACCUGGCAACCAUCAUUACGCACUCCUGGCAACCCAUCAUUACGCACACCUGGCAACCAUCAUUACGCACACCUGGCAACCAUCAUUACGCACACCUGGCAACCCAUCAUUACGCACACCUGGCAACCCAUCAUUACGCACACCUGGCAACCCAUCAUUACGCACACCUGGCAACCAUCAUUACGCACACCUGGCAACCCAUCAUUACGCACACCUGGCAACCAUCAUUACGCACACCUGGCAACCAUCAUUACGCACUCCUGCGCCUCAUCAUCAGACACAGCUGGACUUCAUCACUUCCCUGAUUACUCCCCCUUUAUCUAGCGCUCCAUUGUGUUCAGCCCUCAGGCAGUAUUGUUUAUGUUUCCGUGUUUGAAGCUCCCGUUGUUUUGUAUCGUUCCAUGUUCUUCGUAAUUAAAACACACUAAAUGCGCUUGCUUCCUGACUCCCCGUGUCUACGUUACAGGUCUGAUAUACAGGAGCCAGUACCAUUAUUACAAUGUGCAGGGUGUGACUGAGGAAGGAAUGUACAUGUAAACAGGGGUAAAAAGGGGCUUGUAGCAGGAUAAAUGCUAGUGGUAAUAUUAUUCACUAUCAGUCAUGGUAGCAGCAUUUGUGGUGUGUGCAUGGUAAUGAGUGAGUGUAUGCGUGUGGUGUCAGUACUGAGUGUGUGAGCGUGAAUGUGAAGCGUUAGGGUAGGUGUGUGUGGUUGAGUGGUAGAGACCUGAGAAUGGGCAUAGAGUCUGUGCAGAUAGUCUGUGGUAGAGAGGAAGGGCAUUGGUAGAUAUCUAUCCAACAGUCUUCUGUGGUAGAGAGGAAGGGCAUUGGUAGAUAUCUAUCCAACAGUCUUCUGUGGUAG